AGAUUUUUCACAAUGACACAUUGAAACUUUUCUUUUUCUAACCAGCUGUAAGAUUAAUAAAAAUUACGUCUUAUUUAACCACGAAAUUGAUACAAAAAGCUUCGCAUAGCAUAUUUGUUAUUCGCGUUCAUCAUAAAUUAAAAGAAGAGUAGCUAAAAUGGCAUACGCCUACUUGUUCAAAUACAUCAUCAUCGGCGACACAGGUGUAGGCAAGUCUUGCCUGCUGCUCCAGUUCACAGAUAAAAGAUUUCAGCCGGUUCAUGACCUAACCAUUGGGGUUGAGUUUGGUGCCCGCAUGAUAACCAUAGAUGGCAAGCAAAUCAAACUCCAGAUAUGGGACACUGCAGGGCAAGAGGCAUUUAGAUCAAUCACCCGAUCAUACUAUAGAGGCGCAGCAGGUGCUUUGCUAGUGUAUGACAUUACCAGACGAGAAACAUUCAACCAUUUGACAACCUGGUUAGAAGACGCCCGCCAGCAUUCCAAUUCAAAUAUGGUUAUCAUGCUUAUUGGUAAUAAGAGUGACUUGGAGUCCCGGCGCGAAGUCAAAAAGGAAGAGGGCGAAGCGUUCGCGCGCGAACACGGACUCGUUUUCAUGGAGACGUCUGCCAAGACUGCAGCCAAUGUUGAAGAGGCCUUCAUCAACACAGCCAAAGAAAUCUAUGAGAAGAUACAGGAAGGCGUUUUUGAUAUCAACAAUGAGGCGAACGGCAUCAAGAUUGGCCCGCAGCAUUCAACGGCGGGUGCGGGCGGAGCGGGAGGUGCGGGCGCGGGAGGUGCUCCGCCCGGAGGCUGUUGUUAGGUGCUGCGCUGCACACGCUGAGGAAUGCGAGCCGAAUAGGCUCCACGAUGAUGAUGUGCGGCUGUGUGCAACAAUAUUUGGUACGAAACUUACUGUGUGACGGGUUACUAGUUUUAUUUCUACGCUACAAGUUGCAUCUCAACUCGAUUUAAUAAUGUAAGGGCUCUGGUAUGCCAGAAAUUGCCCACAAUAUUUUACAAAUUAAAUGAAUCUAGACAUUUUCUUAAAACAAAAACCUAUUACAUUUUCACUUUAAUAAUAAUAUUUUAUGUAUCCAUCAAAUUAAUAAGACGUUUGCAUUAUUCCAGUAAUCCAGUCUGUCAUUUUCACUUCAACAAAGAACGAAGUUUCGUCAUUUUCAACAAAAUCUACCAGACUACAGCAGUGGAAUGUUUAAAGGAAAAGGAGGGAAGGAAUAUACAAAGAGUCUGAAUGUUGUAUUUAUUGCCUUCUAUAUUCCUGUAGGGCUAUCGCCACGAUAUAAUUAUGUAUACCCGUUAUCUCGUCUAGCAUUAUAGAAAAAUACGAGUAACGGGUAGAGAUAAACUCGUUACAAGUAUGCUAGCCCUACUGAAGCGGAUUACUGGAAUUGUGUUAUGGAACCCUAAGCUACUAUUCACGACUAGACGUAUACAAAAGAAGUACACAUAUUAUUUAGAUAUGGUUAACUUUUGUUCAUUGAUUCUUACAUAGUUAACAUUUGUACAAGCUUGAGUUCAAACUUUUUGCAUAUAGACCUUUUCUAAAUUAAGGCAUUGGUAAGACUAUUUUAAUUUGUACUUUAGUGUUCUUAAGGAAAAUCCCUGAAUUAAAUACACUACAUUAGAAUUUCUCGAUUUAUCACGACUUCCAACAAAUUCGGUUCUUCGAUUCAAUUUUGAAGUGUAUUUAAAAUUCAGGCAUUUUUUUCAAUGUUCAUUUACUAUGUAGUGGCAGUAACUUCUCGUAUUAGCUAUUAUUAUCAUAAAUAUUUACCUUUAGUAUAAGUAAAUUCAUUAUGCAUAACCAGAUAUUGAGUAAUUGUAAGAACGGACCAGGUGUGGAAUCAUUGUAUUUUAUGUAUAUACAAGAUUAACAAUAUCUUGUGCGCUUUUAUCCUCACAAUGUGUCAAAUUCGGUUCACUCACACGAAAUAUAUAAUUUUCAGUUGUGUUUUGAUAACGAAGACUCAAGUCAAAAUAAAAGCGCAUAAGUUCACAUAAUGUUCAUGAAAAUGUAUUGUGGUGUAUUGUGUUUUGGACAUGGUACCUAUUUUCUAUGACAUUCAAAUAUAUGCGCAAAGUGCUAUUUGUAACGUAUUUUCAUACUUCAGGUAUGAACGUUUUGUUUGACGUCAUAAAAUGUAUGUUUCAUUUGAAUGUUAUAACGAAAUACGGCACCUAUUUGUUAUGAUUUUUUGCACCCUUUUUAUGUCCGCAAUAUUUGACAGAGGCAUUUAUUCGCUGAUUGCUGGCCAAUGAAACUAAAGCUUUUAUGCCAAUUUAAAGGUACUAUGUGUUAUUAGGAAAAUAUUUUAUCUUAUAUUUAUAAAUAUAUGAGGCAAAUAAAAUUGUAAUGGUGAGCUAAUUAGCUUAAUACACGUGUUUACUUAGCUUCCAAUUUAAACGAUAGCGAACUAAAUAAAAGAGGGUUAGAAAAUAUUCUUGGCUUGUGAUCUAAGGCAUAGUUCACACCGAGCAAAAUUGCUGCGUUAACUUGUACUAAUAAAAUUUAAAUUGACUGAUUGAAAUAAAUAUUGUACAAAUAACUUAGUUAAGAAAUAAUUCUGUUUUACUAACCGUUGUUGGUGGAGUAUUCGGACUAUUCGGUGCCGUUUUUUCUCUUCUUGGCGCCUUUUUACGCGAACGAGCUCAUAAUUAAGUACCAGCCCCUUUUUUCGAAACUAAUCGCGAGAAUAAAGAAUAAAAAACGGUUAAAUUUGUUUGUUUACCUGAAUUCUGGUUUAGUUACAUUUUUGGGCUUAGCAUUCGCUAGGUGUGAACUAGGGUUAAGUAUUAAAAAUAGCUGUGAAUUUUUUAAGUGAUGUUCGUGUUACAACCUCAGAUUUUUGGCAAUGCAACAUCCAGAUAGUGGUUAGAGCCAGUGAUGGGGUCAGGGGUGAAAAAACAUAACUCAUACAGUUACUGUAUGUCUUGUCAACACUUGUACGUAUCAGCGGCGUGGUAUCCGAUUUUUUGUUUGCGGUGUCACACUGAUCGUUCCAAUGUUUAAAAAAUAGCAAUGCAGACUUCCCUGAACUGGGCUGACGACCUGAUAUGUGUGUAUCGACCCUGACUAACUCAAAAUGAACAAUUUUUCUAUUGAUUUUUUGACAUAUAUUUAAAUUAAUCUCCUUUAAACAAACUAACAAAUACCAAAUUAUUUAAAAAAAAGUAUACAUUUUGUUAAUUAAAGAUGUUUAUUUUAUUUUUAUAUUUUAUUGUAAUAAAAAUAAUAUGUUAUAUACAUUUUAGUAGCUGGUAACAGCUUGUCCGCCAGAAUUUUCUUAUAUAAUGGUGUCAAUUCUGUUGUACAGCAAUCUCUGAACUAAAUUGACAGGUUAAAAUAGUGCUGUCCUUUUUACAAUGUUUUCCAUAGAAAAGGAUAGCACUAUUUUUAGACUUGUAAAUUUGGGUCUUGAGAUUUACGUACGGAAUUGAACCCACCAAUAAAAUAUAUUUAUUGAAUCUAAAUAUGAACAUUAAAGAAGGUGGUGGCCUAGUGAUUAAAUUUGCACAAUAAAUAAUUUUGAUGAAAUAGCCUCAAAGUCUCACAAGAUUUUAAUAUACCGAUGGACGAAAUUGUGAUCUUAUAGGACUGCUUGCAAGGAAUUAUUGAAGACAUGUUAACAAGAAUAGGUUAAUUAAGUUUAGCACAUUGUAAUGUAGUAAUAUUUUGUAAGAUUACAAUAUGCAAACACAUUUGUAAGGUUAUAAUUCAUGAAGUAAAUGUUGAAAAAUU